AUGCUAACAGUAUCAACGAAAUAAUUAUAGAUUUACAUGUGCAAUCCACUGUGGAAUAUACAAACGGUUCACUAUCACAAUGUGCCGGAGCAGAGAGACUGGCUUGUUGUGGCCAAGGUCUCCAGUGUGCAACUUCAAACUACCUUGUGUGGGAAGGCCCUUUUAACGGGCUGCUCAAUUGUUCAUUGUAUCAGGUCUUCUACCACAUCAGGACUAUUGUAUACGUUUUGAAAUUAAACACAUGAAUCUGUAUGGUGGGCUUACAGACAUUCUUUUCUUUGUUUGAUGUAAAAAAAGAACCCUAUAGCCAAAAGACAAGUUCAGAAAUGCGCUGUGACUAAAGUUUUGUGCAUACACAAAGAGCACAUAAGCAUGCAUUAGUAAACACUAUGUUAUGACUGCCAUCUGGCAAUUGUGUACAGAAAGCAGAAUCAAAGCAUACUGCCAAGAGCUCAACUUGAAUUUUCCCAGCUGACAUUGUGCAGUGCAUCCCGUCGAAGCAUGGGGUUUAAAAGGCAUAAUACAUUCUCAGAGUCUCACUUGACAAAUUCUAAUUCCCAUUUCUGCCCCAUCUGUCGGGGCUUUAAUUUCAUGUUGUGUGGAUCGUGUUACUUGUGGCUCCCGGCAUGAAGGGUCUUGUUUUACUGCCGGUGACUGGAAGUUGCCAUCUCCCUGUCCACACUACCCAAAUAUAUACCUUCCACAAGUGAACCCAGCCCUGCACUGUGCAGAGGGGUCUACCUGACAACCAUCGGAAAUCCAAGAGUUGGCACGGCGAGCUUGAGUUUUACAAACAUGAUCAAACAAGAAACACAAAUUUACGAUUGCAGCUUUGGAAACAUGAAUCUGACCUCAUCUCGCCAUGGGGGACUGGAACCUGCUCGGCAAGCUCCUGGAGAACGCCCAGGAGCACUCCACCGUGGUGGGCAAAGUGUGGCUCACCGUCCUCUUCAUCUUCCGCAUCCUCAUCCUCAGCGCGGCCACUGAGAAGGUGUGGGGCGACGAGCAGUCGGGCUUCACCUGCGACACCAAGCAGCCCGGCUGCGAGAACGUGUGCUACGACGUCACCUUCCCCAUAUCCCACGUGCGCUUCUGGGUCCUGCAGAUCAUCUUCGUGUCCACGCCCACGCUCAUCUACCUGGGACACAUCCUCCACCUGGUGCGCAUGGAGGAGAAGCACCAGCAGAGGGACAAGCUGAAGGAGCAGCCCGGGGAGAAGCAGGGCCUGAUGGAGGUGGCCAAGCCCAAAAAGCUGGUGCGGGACGACCGGGGUCGCGUGCGCCUGCAGGGGGAGCUGCUGCGCACCUACGUGUUCAACAUCAUCUUCAAGACCCUGUUCGAGGUGGCCUUCAUCGUGGCGCAGUACCUCCUGUACGGCUUCGAGCUGAGGCCCAUGUACACGUGCGACAAACACCCCUGCCCCAACACGGUCAACUGCUACAUCUCCCGGCCCACCGAGAAAACCAUCUUCAUCAUCUUCAUGCUGGGCGUGGCCAGCGUGUCGCUGCUCCUGAACCUGGUGGAGAUCUACCACCUGGGCUUCACCAAGUGUCGCCAGGGCAUCAGCUACCGGAGGGGGCGGCUGCUGGCCGCCGCAGCCGCCGCGGAGGCUAAGUCCAAGGAGCUCAGCGACGCGGUGGCGCCCUUCGCGCCCACCUACGACGACUACUUCCACGGGCACCACCAGGUGUCGCCGGCGUACCCGCCGGUGCCCGGCUACAACAUCUCCCCCCUGUCGGAGGAGACAGACUCCCCCUUCCAGCCGUACCACAGCAAGGCCGCCUACAAACAGAACAAGGACAACCUGGCGGUGGAGAGGAGCGGCAGCAGCAGGCCCGAGGAAUGCGACCCGAGAGGUAAGAGUACGGGCGCGGGGUCGGCGCCGGGGUCACCGGGCCUGGCGAGGUCCAGCGGCGGUGGUCGUCAUGGCAAGCACAGCAACAACAAGACUAGAAUAGACGAUCUGAAGGUCUGAGGAAGGGAGAUCGUGUUUUUCUCCAAGGGGUCUUACAUUUCUUGGGCGAAGGAAGGGGGGUGUGACCCUUUUACCUUUCACUUGAAGACUGUCAAGGUUUGAAAGGCACACGCACAGUAAAUGCAGUGGUGAAGCGACCACAUGUGAAAACGGAAACGUUUAUUAUGAUAUAUUUUUGUUCCUUAAUAUGACUUACAGUAUGUAUUGGCAUUCAUGUGCUACGGAAGCACAUUCUUCUUGUUUCAUUGGCUGCUCAAAAUAUCACACGUUAGGUAUGAACUGAUGAUUAGAAAGCAGGAAAGUCGAUUAAGGACGGAUGAAUAAUUCUGCAUUGUGCCAAUAAAUAUUUGAUAUGAUUUGUGUUCUCAUCCUACUCCAUUUAGAAAAACCACCAUCAUCUCUUAUCUUACAGAAACAACAUUCGAAUAUACAUCAGUUAGAUGUUGCUGUCAUUGUAUUUAUGUAAUUUAUCUUUUACCAUUUUAACAAUAAAUGUGAUGUCAUAAUAACAUAUAAGAAAUAUGUUAUAUUAUAAUGUUAUAUAAUUUCAAGAUGUUUGUUAAAGGUUUACUUAUGCAUAGUCCUCUCUAUUUCCAGAAACACUGUUAAUCUAUAUGAGGCUCUUGACCUCGUUUGAAGUAUUCAGAGAGCUCAAGUUAAAGUAACUUUCCUAAAUCAUUUGAGGCUUAUUGUGCUUGGUAAGACUUGACAGUGAACUGAGUUCUACAAUGCCUUAUUAUUGGAAAUACUAUGAACCGAUGAAGACUUGGUCCAAGUCACAUAAGAAAAACCAUUUGUUAGACCAUUUUAAAUAUUAUGUUUAAUUUAUGUUUUAUCUGCUUUUGGUUUUCAGAAAAACUGUUGUUCGGUUUUUGUAGUACAAAUAAAUGUCACCCAAACUGGAA